UCGCUGGCCCUGCCUGGAGCAGCUGCAGGCCCCCUCUGGCUGCUGCUCUGUGAGCAUGCAGAGCCCAUUGGUGCCCUGCAGGGGCUGGCCCUGGCACUGUAUGCCUGGCCCUGGCCCCCUCUGCUGCCUGCGGGCCUGGCAGCAGAGCUGAGCUGGCAACGGCGCUGUGGGGGCUGCUGUGGGCAGGAGAGGUCGGGGACAAUGUGGGUGCUGGAUUGCAGCAGAGGCUCCUGUAGAGGCUUUGUGGGUUGCAGCAGUGCCCCUGGUGGGGUCUCACCAGAGCAGUGCAGAGGGGCAGAUUCCCCUCCCUCAACCUGCUGGCCACACUUCUGAUGCAGCCCAGGAUCAGGUUGGCUCUCUGGCCUGUAAGUGCACACUGCUGGCUCAUCUUGGGCUUCUCAUUCACCAGCAUCCCCAAGUCCCUCUCCCCAAGGCUGCUCUCGAGCCAGGCACUGCCCAGUCUGUAUCAGUGCUUGGCAUUGCCCUGACCCAACUGCAGGACCUUGCACUUGGUCUUGUUGAACCUCAUGAGAUUGGCUUGGGGCCACUUCUGCAGCCUGUCCUGGUCCCUCUGGGUAGAUUCCUUCCCUCCAGCUGUCAGCCACACCACAGAGUUGUCUGUUUUCUCAUAGCAUCCUGUAAGUGCUCCAAAAGCUCAGCUUUCAGGCCUUGUUUUACGGUGUACAGGGCUGAGCAAUUCACAGCUUUUGGGGGUGCCUUUUCCAAGCCAAUUUUAUCCAUAAUCUGUAUUGCAGUAGUAGUUUAUAGUGAUCUUGAUGGCUUGGAUCCCAGUUAGGUCUGGACAGGGGCAUAUGUUGCUCUAGAUUGCCGUGUAAAGGUCCAGCAGCCAUUUGAAUCUGACCCUGCAUCUGAGUGCUCUUUGCCACCAGCUGCUCCUCUAUGUAUGUCAUUACCCCCCGCAUUAGGUUCAGAUCUGCCCAGUCAGUGUCCUGGUUUCUAAGUAUUAAUUCCUGUUGUUUAGCUACCUGUUGGGGGUCAUCCUGAUACCCUCUCCCCACCCCUUUCCAUCAUUCCAAUUCACUAAGUGCUGAAAGGGACUUUCACAUCUGCAGGUCCUCCCCUCGGUCCCAUUACUUCUCUUAAAGAAUCUAUAACUGAUUUAGAUUUAGCCUUACCCCCAGUCUCUUCUUUUUCACUGUUCAGUUUGAGUGUUGCUUCUUAUCUGAGUGUUACUUCUGGUUUGAAUUCCUGUCUGGGAUGAUGGACCAGGGAUUGCUUCAUUCUUGUCCUCCUUAUCACAGAACCACAGAAACAUUCAGAUUGGAAAAGCUCCUUAGAAUCACCAAGUCUCACCCAGAACGCUGCCUUGCAAGGUUCACCCUAAACCAUAUCCCCAAGCACUGCAUCCAAAUGACUUUUAAACACCUCCAGGGUUGGUGACUCAGCCACCUUCUUGGGCAGCCCAUUCUAGUGCCUGACCACUCUUGCUGGGAAAGAAUUGUUUCUAAUAUCCAGUCUAAACCUACCCAGUUAAAGCUUCAGGCUGUUCCCUCUUGUUCUGUCAUUCAUGACCUGUGAGAAGAGACCAGCACCAAUCUCUCGACAAACUCCUUCUGGAUAGCUGUAAACAGCCAUGAGGUCUCCCCUCAGCCUCCUCUGUUUCAAACUAAUUAUCCCCAGCUCCUUUGUUUGCUAAUAUCACUAAAAAUGCCUCCAAGGGCAUCAAUUCAUCUGAGAGUAUCACUUCAUUCUCCUGGGGGAUACUAUCUCCUUCCUUUCCAUUACCCCAAGACACCUUUGACCAAUACUUCAUGCUGAACAGCACCAUUUCAUUCCUCUUUCUGCCUCUCUUUCCUUUGCUGAAAUAUGAACAAAAGGCUCCCCUGGGGCCAGAUGGAUUCCACAAUCUCUGUGCCACUCAGGAUCUUCUUUCAGGACAAAAGCAACCAUGUCACAGCAGAUAGCCUCAUCAAAUUUUUGUUUGCCUCUCAAAAAAAGCAUCAACUGCACUGAGGUGUCCUGAUAGAAAGCUGGCCAAAGCCCAACCUGAACUUGCUCAAGGCACUGAUGUGGAAGGGAAUCUCUCUCCAUCAUUUCCUUGUCUCGCUGUUGAGGUCCCAGCAGCCUGGAGGUUAACAGAUGUAAUACUCACCUACAGGAAGGGCUGCAGGGAGGAGCUGGAAGACUACAGAGCUGUGCCUCUGACCUCACUGCCAGGGUAGGUCAUGGAGCAGAUCGCCCUGAGUGGCAUCAUCAUGCAAAAGGACAAGAAGAUGCUUGGUCCCUGUCAGCACAGAUUUAUGAAGGGCAAGUCCUGUGUGACUAAUCUGACCUCAUUCCUGGCGUGGUGACCUGCCUGGGGCAUGAGGGAAGGGCUGUGAAUGUUCUCUGCCUGCACUUCAGCGAGGCCUUGGGCACAGCUCCCCACAGUAUCCUCCUGCACCAACUGCCUGCUCCUGGCUUGGACAGGCUCAGGCUUUGCUGGGUGAGGAGCUGACUGGUGGCCAGGCCCAGAGAGGCUGGGAAAGGGAGAGGACUCCAGCUGCUGGUUGGUCACCAGUGGUGUGCCCCAGGGUUCAGCACUGAGCCAGUUAUGUGUGAACAUCUGGAUAAGGGAAUCAAGUGCAUCCCUAGUUGGCAGGUGACACUGAGCUGGGUGGCAGUGCCCAUCUGCUGUAGGGCAUCCUGAGGGUGAAGGGUACCUGGGGACUUCCUGGAGGGAAGAGAGGUGACAAAGGGGAGGAGAUGCCAACCUGCCUAGGGGAUCCCAGGUAUUGCCACGAUGAAGGGACAGGGCAAUGACUUGAUGCAAGCCAAAAUUCCACUUUAUUAGAAAAAUAGGCAGGUAUAUAUUCUCUCAGAAGGGCUAACCUGUUAGUCAUUGAUUGGUUAAAAUUACAGUAAGAAAGUUAGUAACUACUACAUGAUUGGCUAACAUACUCUGCUCAGGCCAAAGACGCUGUUUCUACUUUCUUCGUUACUUUCCCUGCUUCUUGGUAUAUGUUGCUAUGCAACUAUCUGAGCAGUCCUGGCUGCAGGAUCCUGUUUAUCUUUCUCUUCUGAGGUGUGUCUGACCCACACAUUCCAUGCCCAAGGUCUAUGCUGUAUUUGUUUCAUCUCGGGCAACUGUUCCUUACUAACAGACCAUUCCCCUAUUCCUGCAAGGUAUCACACAUCCUUGGGGACCUUCUAGCAGGCAGGGUGGUGACAAGAGGCAUCAGAUCGCAACCUGCCCAGUGAAUCCUGGGCUCAGAGGCUGUGCAGAGGGAUCUGGCCAGGCUGGAUCCAUUGGCUGAGGUCAGGAUGAGGUUCAACAAGGCCAAGUGCUGGAUGCUGCCCUUGGGCCAUGCAUCCCCCAUGCACUGCUGGGGAUGAGUGCCUGGAGAGUUGCUCAGUGGAGGAGGAGCUCAGGAUGUUGAUUGACAACUGUGAGAGCAGGAGCCAGCAUGUGCCCAGGUGGCUAUGAAGGCUAGUGGCAGCCUGGCUGGCAUCAGGAGUGGUGAGGCCAGCAGGUCAAGGGCUACGACAUUCCUGCUGUGCUGGGUGCUGAUGAGGCCACAGCUCAAAUCCUGGGGUUGGGUUUGGGCCUCUCACCCUGAGGAGGAUGUUGAGAGGCUGGAGUGUGUCCAGAGAAGAGCAAAGGUUAUGGAGAAGGGCCUUGAGCACGGGUCCUAUGACGAGUGGCUGAGAGAACAGAAGUUGCUUGCUCUCCAGAAGUGGAGUCCGAAGGGAGGCCUCGUCACCCUCUACAGCUCCCUGAAAGGAGGCUAGAGCCAGAUGGGGAUCCGUUUCUUCUCACAUGCAACAAGUGACAGGACAGGAGGAAAAGGCCUCAGGUUGUGCCAGGGGAGGUUCAGGUUGGACAUCAGGAAAAAUUUGGUCCCAGCAAAAGGUUCAGAGGCACUGACCCAGGCUGCCCAGGGAGGAGGAGUCCCCAGACCUGGAGAUGUUUAAAACCAGCAUAGAUGUGAUUUGAUGGCAGUGGCUUGGCACCAGUAGUGUGGUUGUAAGCUCUGGGUGAGCAGUUGGAGCUGAUGACCUCAAAUGUCUCCUUCAGCCUCAGCAGUUCUGUGGUUGUAAGGUUAUAUGACAGGCCUGAGGGACAGGAUCCAUCAGAGGGACUUGGACAGGCCUGCUUAGUGGCUGGGCAGCUCUGCUGCAUUUGGACAAGGUUCAGUUUGGUCAGAAGUGAACAUUUGGCUUCUGUCUGGCUCUCAGAGGCUUGGAGUGGCUGUGUCUGGCAUUUAGCCAUGGAAUCAUGGAGCAGCUGGAGCUGGGAAAGAUCUCUGAGGUCAUCAGGGAUCAGUGCUGGGUUUGAUCCUGUUCAAUAUCUUCAUCAAUGCCAUUGAUGAGGGCACACACAGUCAGAGUCUGCUCAGCAAGUUUGGUGGUAAUACCAAGCUGGGAGGCUUGGCUGAGACACCUGGAGGGUGUGAGGUCAUUCAGAGACUUGGACAAGCUGAGGGCUGGGCAGAGGGGAACCUGAUGAGGUUCAACAGGGAUCAGCACAGAGUCCUGCGUCUGGGAAGGAAAAAUAAGCUGCACCAGUACAGGCUGGGAGGUGAUCUCCUGGAAAGCAGCCUCUUGCAGGAAGACCUGGGAGUUGGGAAAGAUCUCCAAGAUGAAGUCCAACCAUUGACAUGACCCCACCACAGCCAUCAAACUGUGUCCCAGAGUGCCAUGGCCAUGAAUGAUGUGAACUCCUCCAGGGGUGGUGUGCUAGUUUGAAACUGGAUGCCUAACAUGUCCAGUGCAGCUGGAAGAUGGCAGCGCCCCAAUUGGUCUGAUGGAAAUUCUGACAAGCCCCAAGCCAGCUGGAAUUCUGGAAGCAAUUGUUCAGUCCUGCAACCCAAACUUCCCGAGCUCCCCAUGAGGAUGUUAUGAGAGAUGGUGUCCAAAGCCUUGCUGAAGUCAAGGUGGAGAACAUUCACUGCUCUCCCUCACCUGCCCAGCUGGGCACACCAUCAGAGAAAGCUAUCAGAGGGGUCAGACUUGAGUUCCCUUUCACAAAUCCAUGGUGACUAUUCCUGAUAAUCUUCUUUUCCUCCACAUGCUUAGAGGCUGCCUCUGGAAUGAGCUGUUCCAUCAUCUUCCCAGGGUUGGAGGUGAAGCUGACAAGUCUGUAGUUUCCCAGAUGCUCCCUGUUGCCCUUUUUCAAACUGGAGUUCACCACCCACACAUUGGUUGAACACCUCCGGUCCUCAGGCACCUCCCCUGUCUUUUGGAACUUUCAGAGGUGUUGCAGAAUGGCUUAGCAAUAACCUCAGCACUCCUAUGAGCAGCUCAUCGGGGCCCAUGGAACUGUGGGUGUCCAACUUGUCUGGGUGCUCUCUGACGCUGUCCUCCCUUCAGACUUCCUCUUUUCCCUCCAGGGACUGAGGCCUAGCCCUAGCAGCACAGAAGGCAUUCAGGAACUCCACUUUUUCUGUCUCCUCUGUGCCCUUGUCCAGCAGCAGGCCCACCUUUUGCCUGGUGUUCCAUUUUCUGCUGAUGGCCUUGAAGUAGCCCUUGUUAUUUAGAAUCAUAGAAUCACCCAGGUUGGAAGAGACCUCCAAGAUCAUCCAAUCCAACCUAGCACCCAGCCCUAUCCAGGCAACCAGACCAUGGCACUAAGUGCCUCAUCCAGUAUUUCCUUGAACAGCUCCAGGAAUCACGACUCCACCACCUCCCUGGGCAGCCCAUUCUAAUGGCAAAUCACACUCCCUGUGAAGAACUUCCCCCUAAUAUUCAGCCUAUACCUCCCCUGGCACAACUUGAAACUGUGUCCCCUUGUUCUGUUGCUGGUUGCCUGGGAGAAGAGGCAGACCCCCACCUGGCUACAGCCUCCCUUCAGGUAGUUGUAGACAGCAAUGAGUUCACCCCUGAGCCUCCUAUUCUCCAGGUUGCACAAACCCAGCUCACUCAGACUCUCUUCCUAGGGCUGUGCUCCCAGCCCCUCACCAGCUUUGUCACCUUUCUCUUGCAUUCUUUGCUGGAUUUAAUUUCCAGAGGGCUUUAGAUUUCCUCGUGGCAUCCCUGCAUUUUCUGGCAACCUUCCUAUAUUCCUCCCAAGUGUCCAGGUUGAAGUUGGCUUCCCAAAAUCCCAGGGUUACACUCCUACUUACUACUACCCUGCUACUUCCUCACAUGUUCCUGAACUCCACCAUCUCAUGGUCACUGCAGCCAUGUCUGACACCAACCUUCACAUUCUUUCUUUGUUCAUCAGCACCAAGUCCAGCAGCAGACCUCUCCUAGUAGGGUUCUCCACCACUUGUGUCAAAAUGUCAUCCUCAAAGGACUGCAGGACCUUCCUGGGCUGUUUGUGCCUCACUGUGUUGUCUUUACAGCAAAUAUUGGGUGGUUGAAGUCCCCUGUGAAAAUGAGGGAGUGUGAUGGUCAAUCUGCUUUCAGCUGUCUGUAGAAGGCCUCCUGGAUUUCCUCUUCCUGAGAAGGUGGCCUCUAGUAAACACCCACUACAGUGUCCCCUGCAUCAGCCUGUGCCUUCAUUCUUCUCCACACACUUUCAACUCCUCCUUCCCUCCUCCUAGGCAGAGCUUAAUCCACUCCAGUUGCUCUCUCCCAUCAAGGAGAGAUCCACCCCGGCCUUGUUGGCUUGUCUCACAAAGCCUGUGGCCACCCCUUGCAGCUCCAGACAUGAGGCUCAUGCCACCUCAUUUGGAUGGUGACUGAAGUCAGAGCUGUGCUGCUGCACAAUGAGUCCCAGCUCCUCCUGCUGCUUGUCCACACUGCAUGCAUUGGUGCAAACGCACUUGAGCCGGGUUAUAGAUUUCACCCCAACAUUGACAUGCCCAUCUCUUGUGAGCCUGUUUCUAUUCCCUUCCCCCUUUGAACCCAAUUUAAAGCCCAUUGGUGGGCCCCACCAGCUCCAUGUGUGGGAGCAAGUUUAAUAAGCUUCUUUGUGAGACCUGUUCCAAGAGGAAUGUCAUUAGGCUCACGUGUGCCGUGAUCUCCAUAAAGCACUUCCUUCACAGCAAACUCCUUCAGAAGCUUCAUUCCCUGUUCAAUUGUAUUCCACUUCUUAGCUGCCCAUGGCAAAUCAUCUUGGGAAGGAUAUCUCAUAGCCACAGCCAGCAGGAGGCGUGUCCACAAGCUAACCUUACUGAGAGGACUUGCUAGGUAUUUGUCCACUCCACUCUCCUUUGUGAGUGGCCCUAGCUGCUUGGCAGACUUGUCUCCUACCUGUAGGGCAUUUGCACCGAUAGUACAGCAUCUCCCCAGCCAGCUUAGGAUUGGCUCUCCUGAUUCCCUUGCAUAUUCCUUUCUAAUUUCCCUAAUCUCUCUGAGGGAAUCAUUGGAAUCCCGGAUGUCAUCCUUCUCCUCUUCCUCUGGUUGUCCUUGGCCUAGAAACAGAACUUUCCUGAUAGUAUUCUUAAACUCCUCAGAACUAUCCUCCUUUGCAUCCAAUUUCACAAAGCUCCUCUCAUCAGGGUAUUGCUGUUUGAGUAUAUUGGCUAAGUCUCUAAGACUGUGUUUGUCCUCUUCCUACUCUUGUGUACCAGAGGUGCCCUCCCCUAAAUCCUCUCUUGAAUCAUACUGUCAAAUGUUUUGUCUUAGCCUUAGCUUUUGUGGGAGCAAGGAAAAUUGGAGGCAAAAAAGAUUCAGAAGUGCCUUCUAGUAGGUCUGAAUUAUUGAGGGUCUAACCUGAGGCCUGCGAGUUUGAAUCUGUGUUAGAGGCCUGUGGAUUUGAACUAGAUGAAGAAACAGCAGAGACUUGAACAGCUGGACCUGUUCUUCGGCUGCCUGCCAUGUUAUUGUCAACAACUGAGACUCUGGCAGUUGUCCCAGAACCUGCAGGAGGAGGUGUAGCGGUGGACGUGGUGGCUCCCUCUCACUCUCCCCCCAAACAGACAUUGUACAGCUUAUCUCAGGUUACUCUGUUUUCAAGGACACUUGUCUCUCUUUCUGUUUUCUCAUAACAGCCAUGUUCAAAUUUCUGUUCCACAAUGCCAGCAUUAGGGCUAAAACCAGAAUUAUUAGGGCUACACUCACACGUGCUAGAUAUACCACUGUGUUACGUGUGUAACACUCACCACAAGGGUCUCUAAGGUCAGUUUCAGGCAAAACUAUUCACAUCAGAGAAUAUUUUUCAUCUGUUGUAACAUUUCCUGACUUGUUAAAAACAGAUUGGGUAACAGUAUCAGUAAUAUUGAAGCCAACCCAGCCAAGAGGAUACUCUCCAAAAUCAAAAAACAUUCCUUUAACCUUCCCCCACAGCAAAUCAAAGAGAAGGGAACCUUGGCAACGAUAUACCAAUGUAGCCAUCGUAGGGAAAGUGGCCAUGCAACUGCUGAAAAUAUGUAAAAUAGCUUCCUAUUAAUUUCCAGACUUAAUUAACAAUCUAAUUUAGUUAGCCCCACUUGGAAGCACCAAAAUAAAGAUGUGAAGGUUUGGGAGUUACCUGCCCCACCGCACCUAGGAAAAUCACCCAGACUAGACUCAGAGGGCUGGUAAUUAAAGAAUGGAGCUGUAUUUACAGCUUAGCACAAUAUGCAAGCAUAUAUACAGCUAUAUACAAAUUAAAAGUGACACAGAAACACAAUACCCCUCCCAGAAACAGAGUCCCCAAGAGGACUCCCAAACCAAAUCCCUUUCCCCUUCCCUCUUUCCCUCCCUUCAGAGAUAACCAGAUCAACCCACAUUUAUCUCAUUAUAAAUGUGGAGAUCUGAGGUGAGAUGUCAAAACAAGACGACAAGGAGGUUAGAGGAAAAAGGGGUUAGGUGGAUUAGAAAGUUAAAGGCAGAAUCAUCCACAGAGAGGAGACCACCAGAAAGAAGGCGUAGCCCGAAGUGAGAGCUGAGCAGUGUGUGAGAAGUGCCCAUCUUACCUAUAUUUUGACUGGUUGUGUUUCCCAGCAGAAGAAUGGUGGUACAGGUUACUGUUGUUUUCUUUUUUUUUCUUCUCACAGCUAAGGCUUGAAUUUCUCUCAGUAAAAUAUUUCAGUCUCAAACCAGCACACUGAGUGAGAAUCCAUUCGAGAGGAAAGGAAGUGUUGGGAGGUGCUGGGUUUCAAGGAUGAUUUGUCCCUAGAGCCUCAGCCAACAGCACAGAGGUGAUCACCAGCAUGGCUACCCUCAAGGAGUCAAACCAGAACCCAAAGAAGAAGUACCCAGAGAACAAGUUGGAGGAACCAAAGAGCAGCUAUGUGGAAGAAGAGGAGGAGGAGGAGGAAACAGAGGGCAACAAAGACAUGGAUGAGGAAGAUGGCGAGGAAGAAGUAGGUGUGGAGGAGUAUGGUGAUGACAACCACUUGGAAGGGGAGCAUGAUGCAGAAGAGAACAGAAAGAAGGGAGAUGCUUCUGUAUCAUCCAAGCAUGUGAAUCAGUGCCCCAAAGGUGGGCAGAGCAUCCCGCCCAGCUCAAAGCCAGUGGAGCACCACUGCCCCAACCCUGGCACUGGGCCCUCCACCUCUGGUAAGUGCAGCAAGAGCUUCAGCCUCAGCACAAGCCUUGCCCGGGACUGUCACAUCACCCCUGAGAAGAAACCAUACAUCUGCGCUGGCUGUGGCAAGACCUUCACUCGCAGCCUGACACUCAUUGCCCACUGGCACAGCCACGCUGGGAAUAAGCCGUUCGCCUGCACCAACUGUGGGAGAAGCUUCUGCGAUGGCCCCAGCUUCUUCCAGCACCGCCAUGUCCACACCAAGGAGAAGCCACACAUCUGUGGUGACUGUGGCAGGAGCUUCCAGGAGAAGUCAAUGCUCAUCGCCCACUGGCACAUUCAUGCUGGUGACAAACCCUUCACCUGUAGCGACUGCGGCAAGAGCUUCAGUGUUAGCUGCCGCUUCUUCCGGCACUGCCGCAUCCACACUGGUGAGAAGCCCUACUGCUGUGCUGGCUGUGGCAAGAGCUUCCAGUGGAGCAAGACCCUCAUCACUCACUGGCGUGUCCACACUGGUGAGAAGCCCUUUGGGUGCGAUGAUUGCUGUGAGACCUUCUGCCAUAUUUCCCACUUUGAGCAGCACCGCUGUGUCCAUGCAGGCAAGAGGCCGUACAGCUGCAGAAACUGUGGCAAGCAAUUUAGCCACAGCAUUGACUGCAAACAGCAUGUGUGCAGACUCCCCUUCAAGGACCACAGGCAGGGCAGAAGCAAGGAGACGCCACUGGCCACAGAAGCCAUUGAGGAGCAGAACAUCAUUGUCCAGGACUCAGAGUCAGUACAGCACAUGCACACUUGCACCAGCGAGAUGCCAGAUGCCCAUGCCAAAAACAGCAAGAGUUUAGCCAAGCAUCUCCAUGUCCGCAAGAGCAAGAAGUCCUUAACCUGCCCUGACUGUGGAAAGAGCUUCAAACGGAAGUCCCAUCUCACCCGGCACUGCCGCACUCACACCAACGAGAGGCCCUACAUGUGUGGUGUCUGCAAGAGACGUUUCACUGACUCGUCUGCCCUCACCCAGCACCGUCGCACCCACACUGGUGAGAAGCCCUUCACCUGCUCUGACUGUGGCAAGUGCUUCCGGCAAGCCUCCACACUUGCCCAGCACCAUCGUGUGCACACUGGUGAAAAGCCAUACCACUGCACUGAAUGUGACAAGAGCUUCAGCUGUAGCUCUAACCUCACCCAUCACCUCCUUGUCCACACUGGUGAGAAGCCCUUCUCCUGCACCAGCUGUGAAAAGAGCUUCACCCGUAGGUUUGACCUGCUCAAACACUGUCGCAUCCACACUGGUGAGCAGCUCAAGAAGACUUACAUCUGUCCUGACUGCAGCAGGAGGUUCCUCCAUAAGUCCUCCCUCAACCAGCACCGUCGUGUCCAUGCUGGCGAAAAGCCUGUCUUCACAUGCACCCACUGCACCAAGAAAUUCAGCAGCAGAUCCACCCUCAACAAGCACCACCGCACCCAGGCUUGUGGCAAGUCUGUGGAAGAGAAGUCAUAAUUACACUGAUAAGCACUGCUGGAGUAAACCUGAUCCCCCUGUGGAGCCUUUUUCCAUCAAAUUGAACCAAAAUCACCUCAUUUCCACUAUUUCCUUAUAGGCUGGGGGUUCCAGGAGCAACUGCCCCCUCCUCCCCCAAUCCUUCUAAACUCCAAUUAGUGAAGAUGACAAUAAUUAACAGUAGUGAGUAGGCACAGAUGGAGCCACCACAGGAGCUAGCCCAAACUUUGCUGGGAUUUGACUGUUUUUUCCCCCAAAAUCUUUUGGUUUCCCAGGGGUAAACUCAACCUCCUCCUUGUCUCCUGUUGUGGUGGCUUGACCCUGACUGGGGCUAGGUGCCCAAUAAGGCCACUCUAUCACUCUCUCAUUCCAAAAUGGACAAAUGGAAGCAAAAAUUGUAACAGGAGGCCUGUGGCCUGAGACAGGAGCCAUACAAUAAAGUAAAAGUGAAAGCCAAGGCUGCAUGUGGAAGUAGAAGCAGAGAAAACACAAAUCCUCUUCUCUGUUCCCCAUCAGCAGAUGAUGUCCAGCUGAUUCUUGGGAAGCUCCCUGGGGCUUCAACAUGCACAGCAGCUGGUCUGGAGGACAGACCAUCAGUGAAAGCCUGUGUCUCCUCCUUGCUAGAUGGUGCAGAUAUGGUUGCUGUCUUGUUGACCACAGGCACAUGACAGCAUCCAUCCUGACAUUUUAUUCCCAGGAACUGUGUCUCUUGUGCAGAUCCUUUGAUCUUGCUUCCCCCUCUCCCCCACCUUUUUCUUUCCCAUGGCAAAUUCAGCCUUCAGAAUAAUCUGAUUUUUUUUUUCCUUUUUCUUUAACACUUCUUUUGUCUUGCUGCCCCACACAGUGAUGUCAUCAACAUACUGCAGAUGUUCAAGGUCAUCAUCCUUUUCUGGUGCAGUUUGGAUUAGUCCAUGACAAAUGCUGGGGCAGCUGGUCCCAGGUGUAUUGCACACCCCUUCAUCUGACAGAAAAUUGUGGCCUGCACUCUUCUGCCAGUGGAAUCAAGAUGAAUGAAUUGGUGAUGUAGAUCAUAGUCUCCCGCUUGGCUGCCUUCAACUCCAGUUCACACUGGAGCUCCAGUGUGUCUGGCACAGCCACCCUGAGUGGCAGCAUCACCUUGUUCUGAUCAGAAGCAGGAUAAGACUGCUCUCUGAUCUUCUCUGUAUUCACCAGUGCCAUGCUGUGAGAAUCUAAAUCCCUUCUCCCUUGUUCAUCAACAAAGAUAAAGAUUACCUUUGUUAACCUCCCAGGCUCAGACUGAGGUGCUUGGCCAAAAGCUCAGGGAUGCAAAUCAACAGACAGUGCCUUCGAGGACAUUCCUGGACCUCAGCCUGGCUGGAAUGCCUAGGAUGUGCACAUCUUAUGUCAGCUACCCUGAAGAGAAAAGGCUUAUGUGUAUUUGGGGUAUGGACAGGUAAGCAGCACAGGGAGGCAGUGGAGGCCCUCCCCUGGUGCUGCUGCUGCUGGACCCCUGCAAAUGCAGGAAUACACAGGAAGAUUCCCUGGGGAGCUGCACCUGGACACCAAUCUGAAAAAAACUAUAAAAAGACAUGAGCAGUGCCUGCCGAAGUGUGGACCUGCAGAGCUGCACAUCCACCAGAAGAACUGACAAACUCCACAGAACAUCCCUGGGCCAUGCACCCAUCUCUCUCUCCCCCCCCAAUCUGCAGCUGAUAGUAAUAUAAUCCCUGCUCUUUCCCUUCCCUACUUCUUCUCUUUUUCUCCAUUGUUCUCUCUCUCUCCUUCUCUCUCUCUCUGUUUUGUUCAACUUUAUCCUUUAAUAAAUAGUUUUGUUCUGAUCUA